GCAUCAAAAGUUGUACGCUAACAAUUUUAUUGAAAAAAACAACGCUAAGAACAAACAAACUGAUCAACCACUUCCUUAAAUAACUUUUAUAGUGGAACUUUCAAGGGUAGGGAUUAGUUAACUUCGUGGAAAGAAGGUGAUUUUAGAGUGAGAAUGAUGUUUAAAUUGAAUAAGUAUUUCAUUUUUUAUUACCUUUCAACUUUCUAGCAUUAUACUGUAUUCUGCUAAUUCUAGUCAUUGAAAUGGCCGAGGCUUUACUUGGUGUUGUGUUUCACAACCUGAUGUCUCUGGUUCAAAACGAAUUUUCAACUCUAUUUGGAAUCAAGUCAAAGGCUCAAAAGCUAUCAAGAACCUUAGAACUGAUCAAGGCUGUUCUUCAAGACGCUGAAAAGAAGCAAUUAACUGACCGAUCUAUUCAAAUAUGGUUGCAGCAACUCAAAGAUGCGGUGUAUGUGCUUGAUGAUAUCCUUGAUGAGUGUUUAAUCAAAUCCAGUCGACUCAAGGGUUUCAAACUAAAGAACGUCAUGUUUCGACGUGAUUUAGGCACUAGGUUGAAAGAGAUUGCAAGCAGACUCAACCAAAUUGCUGAAAAUAAGAACAAGUUUCUUUUACGAGAAGGUAUUGUUGUUACAGAAAAACCAAUUGAAGUGGCUGACUGGCGCCAAACCAGCUCCAUUAUUGCCGAACCAAAGGUGUUUGGACGAGAAGAUGAUAAAGAGAGGAUUGUUGAGUUUCUUCUCACCCAAGCGAGGGACUCGGACUUCCUUUCCGUCUAUCCAAUUGUUGGUUUAGGUGGUGUUGGAAAAACAACUCUUGCUCAAUUGGUCUACAACGAUGAUAGGGUGAGUCACAAUUUCAAAACAAAAAUUUGGGUUUGUGUUUCAGAGGUAUUCUCGGUCAAGGGGAUUUUGUGUUCCAUUAUAGAAUCCAUGACAAAACAGAAGUGUGAUGCAAUGGGUUUAGAUGUAAUACAAAGAAAGGUGCAAGAAAUGUUGCAAGGAAAAAGACGUUUGCUGGUUUUGGACGAUGUUUGGAUAAAAAGUCAAGAAUUUGAAUUUGGACUAGACCAUGAGAAAUGGAAUAAAUUGAAAUCUGUGUUGUCUGGUGGAUCGAAAGGUACUUCCGUUUUAGUGUCUACUCGUGAUAUGGAGGUUGCAUCAAUCAUGGGAACAUGCUCAACUCGUUCUUUGUCAGUUCUCUCUGAUGAUGAAUGUUGGUUAUUGUUCAAACAAUAUGCAUUUGGACAUGAUAGAGAAGAGAGUGCAGAGCUUGUGGCAAUAGGCAAGGAGAUAGUAAAAAAAUGUGCGGGAUUGCCUCUUGCAGCACAAGCAUUGGGGUGUCUAAUGCACUCAAGGAGUGAAGAAAAGGAAUGGUUUGAAAUUAAAGAGAGCGAGCUUUGGGAUUUACCGCAUGAGAAUUCUACUUUGCCAGCUCUGAGAUUGAGCUACUUUCAUUUAUCACCAACCUUAAAACAAUGUUUCGCUUUUUGUGCUAUAUUUCCUAAAGAUACAAAAAUCAUGAAGGAAGAAUUGAUUCAUCUUUGGAUGGCUAAUGAAUUUAUUUCAUCUAGAAAAAAUUUGGAGGUUGAAGAUGUUGGCAACAUGAUUUGGAAUGAAUUGUGCCAAAAGUCUUUCUUUCAAGACAUUCAUAUGGAUGAUGAUUCAAGAGACAUUUCUUUCAAAAUGCAUGAUCUCAUCCAUGAUCUUGCUCGAUCAGUAGUGGUGCAAGAAUGUAUGGUUUUAGAGAAUGAAUGUUUGACAAAUAUGUCAAAAAGCACCCAUCAUAUUAGUUUCAUCUCUCCGCAUCCAGUAUCAUUAGAAGAGGUUUCCUUCACAAAAGUGGAAUCGUUGCGAACAUUGUAUCAACUAGCUUAUUAUUUUGAGAAGUAUGACAAUUUCUUACCAGUAAAGUACACCCUUCGCGUUUUGAAAACAAGCACUUUAGAGUUAUCAUUACUUGGUAGUUUAAUUCAUUUGAGGUAUUUAGAGCUUCACAAUUUUGACAUAGAAACCUUCCCCGACUCAAUUUAUAGCUUACAAAAGUUGAAAAUCUUGAAAUUGAAAGAUUUUUCCAACCUGAGUUGUCUUCCGGAACACUUGUCUUGCUUACAAAAUCUUAGACAUUUAGUCAUUGAAGAUUGUCAUUUGUUGUCUCGCAUGUUUCGUCAUGUUGGAAAAUUAUCUUGCUUAAGAACAUUAAGUGUUUAUAUUGUAAAUUCCGAGAAAGGACAUAGCUUAGCGGAGUUACGUGAUCUAAACUUAGGAGGAAAGCUGGAGAUCAGAGGCUUACCAAAUGUCGGUAGUUUAUCUGAAGCUCAAGAAGCCAACUUGAUGGGUAAAAAAGACCUCGAUGAAUUAUGCUUGUCAUGGUUGCACAAUGAUUCAUCUGUUAAGACCACUAUUAUUAGUGACGAUCAAGUACUUGAAGUGCUUCAACCUCACACAAAUCUCAAGAGCUUGAAAAUAGAUUUUUACAAAGGUUUAUGCUUCCCAAGUUGGAUCAGAACUCUUGGUAAUUUAGUUACUCUUGAAAUUAAGGGUUGCAUGCACUGUGAACGGUUUUCAUCACUUGGUAAACUACCAUCUCUAAAAACACUUCAAAUAACCUUGGUGUCUGUGAAAUACUUGGAUGAUGAUGAAUUUCACAAUGGUUUGGAAGUGAGAAUUUUCCCAUCUCUUGAGGUACUUAUAAUUGAUGACUUACCAAACUUAGAGGGGUUGUUGAAAGUGGAAAAAAAGGAGAUGUUUCCUUGUCUUUCUAUUUUGAACAUCAACAAUUGCCCUAAACUUGAACUUCCGUGUCUUCCAUCUGUUAAAGACCUGAGAGUACGGAAAUGUACUAAUGAGUUGCUGAAGUCAAUCUCUAGCUUGUAUUGUCUUACCACCCUUACACUUGAUGGAGGCGAAGGAAUAACAUCCUUCCCAAAGGAGAUGUUUGGAAACCUUACUUGUCUCCAAUCUCUAACUCUACUGGGUUACCGAAAUUUGAAGGAGUUACCAAAUGAACCCUUCAACCUAGUUUUGGAGCAUCUGAAUAUCGCUUUUUGCGAUGAGCUUGAGUAUUUACCAGAGAAAAUAUGGGGAGGUUUGCAAUCACUACAAUCCAUGAGGAUUUAUUGUUGUAAAAAAUUAAAAUGCUUGCCAGAUGGUAUUAGACACCUCACUGCACUUGAUUUGUUGAAUAUUGCUGGAUGCCCAAUAUUGACGGAGCUAUGCAAGAAGGGAACAGGGGAAGACUGGAACAAGAUAGCGCAUAUUUCAAAACUUGACAUUAGUUAGAAUGAAGAAGCAGAGAUGUUUGAACAGGUUUUAGCUGAGUUCUUUGGAACCCUUUCUAAAGAAUGAGCACCAGAGUAAAUGGAAGAUCUUUUACUGGUCAUUCGAAAUAUGCAGAGUUUUUACAAUAUAAGGGGGAGCUUCAAAUACAGAGGAAUAUUUUCAUUGUGCUACUCAAGAUAAUCCUAAUGAUGGUGAAAUAUUGAUUCACUAUGCGAAGCUCGAGUGGGAGAACCGUCACGGCAGAGAUAGAGCAUUGGUCAAGUUUGAAGAAUGGAGAAGUGAUAUGUUGUGGAAUGAAUGGAUGUUGCUGACUUCUGCGAGAAUGUCCCGCUUUCCGAUUACGAGUUCAUGUUAAGUCCACUGUUUUGCCAGAAAGCAAGAGCCCUAUGAAAGUUUUUAUGAUUGCUGAUUGAGCCCUGUGCAAAGUUUUUAUGAAUGGAAGUUGCUGAUUCUGCUUUUUGUUGAAACUUCAAUCUUCCAUGUUUGGUGAAGGUCCUCUUGACUACAUGUCUCAAAAUAUCCAGCUUUCCAUGGAUGGUCCAAAUGGUAAAUCACAUAAAGGAGGGCACUUAUCCCUUGAAGAACUCCAUAUUCAUGAAUCAAAUAUGUCCAGCAACAUGAAUGAUGUACAAGUUUGCAAUGAGUCAGAUGAUCAUUAUCGUGUCUCUACUUCCAUUGAUGCUGAAAUUGAUAUGGUAUGGAUCUCCAAUUCCUAAUACUUUAACAUAGAUUUCUUGAUUUCAUCAUGAAUUUAUAGUUUAUUAUUCAUGAAAAUAUUCAUGAGAUAUUUUAAGUUCAAUCAAGGGAAACAUCAAUAGCCAAAAUUGGUGAUGUUGUCAAGCAUAUUCUAGGAGUGAAGUUUUCAGUUUCCUUUGGCUGAUACACCUUUUCUAGUUAUAGUUGGUUUCAAGGUAAGGGAAAUUGUGACAAGCAUGAACAAUGAAUCUCCAAAGAAGGCAGUGACAGUAACAAACUGUCCAUGAAAUGAAGGACAGGAAACUAUAAAACUGAUAUGGUUGGCAUCAAAGGAGAGCAAGUAGACAAUGGUGAUAUAUUAUGUUUUUUGGAUUCGAGACUGCUACAUUUUUCUGAAGCCUACAAUUGCGUGAUAAUGGAUUGGCCAAGCAGUUCUUGAUGGAACUUAUAUCACAGGAGAUAGAAUACCAACUGAAUUAUAUUGAUUUAUUGAUUGAAAUGGAUAAGACUUGAUCAAUAAUAAGUUAACAACAUGAAUUAAAUUCGAUGAAAUUUUUAUCUCAUUGGGAAAACAUAAACAUACUCACUUAAAUCGGCCAAAGGAAAUGGAUCCUCUCAGGUGCGAUUUUCACAAUGGAAUCAUCAGCAACAAUACCUUUUCUUUUUGUGAAACUUACUUUUAGAUGAUUUUUGUAACACAAAUUCCAAUCAUAUUCAUUAUGUAUAUGAUUCGAGACUUACUUUUUGUGAAACCUCCAAGUAUUUUGUCAAAUAUCAAAUUUGAUGUAUGUUUUGGUAUAUCAAAUUCUACAAAUGAAAUGUAAUGCCUUGUUUAAA